GAUGUAAAUAAGGAGGGUACCUGACCACAACGAAACUGUAAAGAAAGAUGUUUCGACUUGGGCGUUGUAGAUUGCGGAAGUUUUUGGCUCUUAUUUUUGUGAUUUUCUGCGUUUCCGUGUGCAUCUUAUUCUUGGUGCUACAGUCAUUUGAUGAGGAGGAUUUUUACUGGGAUGAUGGUGCCGUUGAUUUUCAACAGCAAUUUCAGCUGUCUGGUAAUGCCGAUUACGGUGGAAACAUCAUUGCACCAGAUGGUACAGACCAACACACCAGGGAUCACGUGAACGUCACCAACAUAGACGUCAGAGUACCAAUCAUCCUUUGGUGGACUCCCUUCACUGCCGAGCGAGGCAAGGUCAAGGCAUGCGGGGAGAACAAGUGUUUCUUCACCGUGGACAGACACUUCAAGGAUCAUCCCAAGACAAAGGUCUUCUUGUUCUACGGCACAGAUUUCGUGCCCAGGGAUCUCCCCUUGCCGCGGAAAAAACACCACGAGUGGGCGUUACUUCACGAGGAGUCCCCUAAAAAUAACUACAUGCUGUCCCACGAAGAGUGCCUGACGCUCUUCAACCACACCAGUACUUUCAAGCGAGAGUCGGACUUCCCCUUGACCACCCAGUAUUUGGAGAGUCUCUCCGAUUUGACUAGUACGAAGUACUUGGUCCCCACAGAGUAUAAGAGCGUCAGCGGGCUGGCUCCUGUGGUAUACAUCCACUCAGACUGCGAUCCGCCGUCUGACCGUGACAGAUACGUCAAAGAACUAAUGAAAUACAUACGCGUGGAUUCUUACGGGAAAUGCCUACAUAACAAGGAUUUGCCAGUUAACCUUGUUGAUCCCUUAACUAUGCACAACAAGGGUUUGUAUAAAAUCCUGGCACGGUAUAAGUUCAAUCUCGCCUUCGAGAAUGCAAUCUGCAAUGAUUACAUCACCGAAAAAUUCUGGCGCCCUCUAAUGUUGGGGUCGGUACCAGUCUACAGGGGGUCUCCAACGGUGCGUGAUUGGCUUCCUGACAACCAAUCAGCAAUCAUCGCCGACGAUUUCCCGGGUCCCAAAGAACUUGCCGAUUACCUGAACUACCUGGACAGCAACAAUGAAGCAUACGAAAACUUCCUGAAUUUCAAGAAAGUCGGUGUAAAGAACCGCAAGCUCGUCAAAACCAUGGAAGACAGAGAGUGGGGCGUGAAUGAUUACAAUCGCCCGAACUUCAUCGACGAGUUUGAAUGCUUCGCUUGUAGACGCGUCCAUGAAAAUCUAAAACGUGCCUCAUUAGGGGUACCUCUUAAGACCUUUCAAGCAAAGAAGGAUCAUUAUGAUUGUCCGAGGCCGAGAACUUACAAUGACCAGAAAUACUGGAGUCCCAUAGAGCUGUAUCUGCAGAUGUAUGAUAGGGACAAGAACAAAGCAAAAGCGCUAAGGAAGAUUGUCCUAGAAGGGCGGAACUUUUCUGUAACAGAAUUCAAUGAAUUGGUAUCACGUGAAACAGUUGGUUACAGGGAUCAUGCAUUGUAAUUUUUUUAACGCAAACCUUGAAAAUGCACCUGUCUGUCCCAUUUAACCUGAUUUUAAAUUUUCGUUUUGCCGUUUUCCAGGGUAUUUUGGUGCUUUUGGUGUUAUGCUAAUGUGCAUUGUCAUAUUCAUGACAAAACUGUGAUGACAUUCUGGGCAGAAACUCAAUGUCACAGCUAUUUCAUCACAAAAAGUUGCUAGAAUUUUGGAUAUUUUGCUGUCGGAAAUUUUCUUUUCUUUGGUGAUUCAUGGUUGUGUCGUUACAUGGCAAUAAGCCAAUAUAAGCAAACCUUUCUCACAAAACGUUUUCAAUGGGCAAAAUUUGAGUUUACAAGUUGAACAGAAAUGACAUCACAGCAACAGCAACCUCAGUUUUCCAAAAAAAAGCAUGGAAACUUGUAAA